AUGGCACCAUAUGAGGCUCUAUACGGUAGGAAAUGUAGGAACUCUUUGUGUUGGUAUCAAGAUGGGGAAGCAGUGCUAGAGCAGACCACUGAAAAACUGAUAAUGGUGAGGGAUAGGAUGCAGGCUUCUCAGAGUAGACAUAACAUAUAUGUAGACCACAUGAGGAGACCUUUGGAAUUCACAGCUAGAGAUCACGUGUUCUUGAGGUUGAGGAAGCACGUGUUUGAUCCGUCUCAUGUGUUGGAAUCCGAGGAUGUACAGAUCAGGGAGGAUCUUAUUGUGGAAGUACCACCCAUUUCUUUGGAGGAUAGUCGAGUUGAGGAGCGUCGGGGAAAACUAGUCAGCCUAGUCAAAGUCAUCUGGGAUCGUAGGAUAGGUGACUCUACUUGGGAGUUAGAGGAGGAUAUGAGGAAGUUGGAUCCGCACCUAUUUUCCUGGAGGAUAUGA